UCCCGCUCCGUCCCCGGCAGCGUCGCCGGCUCCUUCCCCGCCACGAGCUCCGCCGCUCGUCAGCUCGGCCGCCGGCCCUGAGCCGCCACUGCGGGGACAGCUGGGCAAGCAGCAGCGCCCGGAGCAGUCGGUGUCCCCGGCAGAAUGGCGACAGCGCGGUGCCGCCCGCACGGGCGGAGAAGCCUCCCCUGGAGCAGCUCUGCCGGGAGGGCCCGCUGCUGGGCAGCGGCGGCUGCGGCAGCGUUUACUCCGGGACCCGGCUCGCCGACGGCGCCCCGGGAAGAGACGGGGCCGGGUCGGAGGGGGGUGAGCUCAGCGCGCCGCUCGCCUUGGCUCGCAGGUGGCCAUCAAGCGAGUGUCCCGGGAUCGCAUCUCGGAGUGGGCGCGGCGCAGCCCCGGCCCCGCUGACGGCAUCUCGGUCCCCCCGCAGCACAAGGGCGCCCUUGUGCCCCUGGAGCUGGCGCUGCUGUGGACGGUGUCGUGCCCUGGCUUCCGCGGCGUCAUGCGGCUCCUGGACUGGUUCGAGCUGCCCGACAGCUUCGCGCCGCUCAUGGAGCGUCCGGAGCGCUGUCAGGAGCUCUGGUACUUCCCGGACGAGCGGGAGCUCCUGACGGAGCCCGUGGCGCGGGGGCUGUUCCGCCAGGUGCUGGAGGCCGUGCGGCACUGCAGCAGCCGCGGCGUCCUGCACCGCGACAUCAGGGCCGAGAACGUCCUCGUCGACCUGGCCACGGGCGAGGCGAAGCUCAUCGACUUCGGGUGUGGCACGAUCCUCCAGGACACAUUCCACGAUGUCAGGAACGCCGGAGUACAGCCCACGAGUUCAUCCUCUUCGGCUGCUACUGUGGCCAGCCAGCCACCAUGUGAUCCCUGGGCAUCCUGCUGUAUGACGUGGUCUGCAGGCACCUUCCUUUCCACAGUGAUGACGGCAUCAUUUGGGGCCAGCCCUUCUUCCCAGCCCGGGUGUCUCAAGUCUUUGGACAGUCAUCAACUUCUUCCUGAUCUUCGAGGAAAGACAGUUCUUCUAGACUGGAGGCAAGGACUUCGUUGAUAAAGGAACUUCAGAAACUACCAGACAAAACUUCUAGGUAAAACAGUAUCCAGUCAGGCCUGCAAAGUGGAGACACAGAAUGUAUAACAGAGGCUGCAAUGCAAACCUAAAGUAUCUGAAGCUCCAUAUUUCAUGGGACAGAUUUCCUGGAAGCUUCUAAAUGGCUGCACAGGGAAACAUGCUACUGCUGGCAGAAACUUUAGGCAUGCUGGGGGAAAACCCUGCUCUACUUCCCCAUAGCUCCCACUGGAACAGCCUGGCCUCUGCGCUGCCCUGGGACAGCAGGGAGCCCAGAGCCCUGUGCUCUCCAGGAAUGGCUCAGCUGCACAUGCACAACCCUGCUCCUCUCCCUGCCCCACAGCUCAGCAGCCCUACAGCUCCAGGGGCACUGGCAGCAGCACAGCUCCUUGCAGGGGGCACAUGCAGGGCACAACUGUUCCCUGGCAAUGAGCACAGCCUCUCUGGGCUGCCACAGGACCCUUCUUCCCAACAGAGAGCAGCCCAGCUCCCCCCUUACCACUUUGUGAGGCUGAUCCAUGCUCAAGGGGCCCCUGGGCCAAGGCCCCCUGAGCCAGCCGGGAGCCCAGACCUCCAUUCCCAAGGCCGGGCAUGUCUCUAUUCCAAGCCAAACAGGUCUGUGAGUUGCCUUGGGAACUGAGGCAUCCCAGGUCCUGUCUUACACUGAGAGCUCUUUUCCUUCUUUCUCUGGGCUUUUGUUGUAGAUUCAGAAGAAGCUGUCGACCAGGUACAAGAGAAGAAGUGAGUUAAUUGAACUCAUGCCAUUAUAGUCAGCCCUUCUAAUGAUUCAGGAAUUCAAAGUAUGUUUCAGUUACUGAAAAGAUUGCUUGGUUUUUUAUUUUUCAUUAAACUAGCAUCAGUUUAAUUUCUUGGAACAAUAUGGAGCUGGCAAGCCAAGAGAGAAGGGUUCUACUACUUCAUGUGGUGCCCCUUGCUGCCUCACUACUACAGGAUCCCUUUCCUUCCAAACAGGAAAGGUUUUCUCCUUCAAAAGAAGGAGAAAAGGAGUGGAAACAUUUCUCGUUUCUUGCUAAAUGCCUUCCUUUUCUCUACUAAUUCUGACAUUAAAAAGGCUACAGGGAGAUAAAAGGCAUGUGCAGGAUGGAGAGCAAUGUUUUCUUUUCAGCACAGCAUUUCCAGGAUCCCAAGGUACCACUCCAGCUCCUGCCACUCAGCACUUCACACUGGAGGAAUUUUCACUGCAAAACCAGAGCACACUCCCAGGGACUGGGAUCUUGGAGAGCCCACUGAGCCCAUCAAGGAAUUGAAAUUAUUUAAAUAUAUUUUUUAAAGAAUGGGUUUUACCCAAGCUUUCCAAAUGUCAUCUCAGAGUCAUGACUAGAAAGGUCAUUUUAGGACAGACAUGCCCUGUACCUACCUGCAGUUUCAGACUUCUUCUCUUGUCUUCUGCUGCUGGGUCUUGGCCUGUAGAAAAUGGAGGAGAAAAGAACAUAUGAGGAGGUGAAAAGAGAAGGGAGGGAAUGGUUUUACCAUGAAAGAAGGCAAGCCUACUUAGCAUGGUCACUUCUAUGAAGGAGCAAAUGUGACACAUAGACCCCAACAGGAUGAAAAGCUGAUUAAUUUUCCUUAUGCUUUCAGUUGCUGCAGUCACACAGAGCUGGCCAAGCUCUGGCUGAAAUAAUAGCCAAGUCCAGUAGGGAACCCAUCCUGAGGUGCUUUCAAGCCCUGCCUCCGCUUCCCCACCACCCCCUCUGCUCUUGGGGCAUUGCAGUUGGGUUUGACAUUGUGCUGGAUCAUCACAGAUGGGCAAAAUCGCAAAGGCCCAGAGGUUUGCCUAAAUACAUGGGACAGCUGAGUGUGCAAAA